AUGCGUGCUUUCACCAUCGCGGCUGCGGCUGCCACCACUCUGGCAAGCUUCGCCGACAGUUUGGCUAUCAGAGACAACAGCACAACUUCUGGCAACAGCGUCGAACUAUUCCAUGACGACUCCCUUAAUGGCCAGGGCAUCUACGCUGCUUCAAUUGCAAGCGUCUGCAAGGACCAAACCGUCUACGCCCUCCAAUGUACCAGCGCCAAAGAUGACUCGAUUGGAAUUGAAACGUGUGGCCCGGAUGCUCCGAUUUUGACCGUCACUCAAGCUCCUUCGGUAUACAAGCUCACAUACGUUACGGCAACAAGGACCCUUGGCCACGAUGCGCAAGUGAGCUUCGCCGAGUCCUGUGACCUCACCGGUACCACCAAGGCCAGGUGCGACUAUACCGUCGGCCUCACCAUGGACGGUACUUCGAAUGCUGCCACGUUUGCGACGGUUCUCAGUGGAACCGACCUGCAUCGUUUCCAGGUGGCCAUCACCGGCGGCGCGGAAAAAACCCGACUCGCCAGCGCUACCGAUGUAUGCGGCAACGCCGCGGCCGGACUCAGCGCCAACUCGGUCCGGGUAACGGCUGCCGCUCUUGCCGUGGGCCUUUUGGGGGUUCUUGUUUUGUAA